AUGGGUAGUACGAGCUUGGUCUAUGCGAUGUAUUUCCCUGGUAUUGUCUUCUGGCACUUUUUCUACGCCUCCUGGAUCUUGGUGCUGAUGUUCUGCUUCACUCUGGGCUGCCUGGUCGUCGUCAGCCAGCCAGCCGAGACACGCAGCAUCCACGCCAAGCGAAUCUGGCCGGUGCUGACCUACGGCAGCUUCCUUUGCUCGGUUCUGCUGGCCCACUUUGUCACGAGACUCUUCACGCAGCGAUGUUUGCUGCGGCGCCAUGGCCGAGGCAUUCAGAUUCGCUGUUUGUGCCUGUUCUCGUGGUACGAGGUCAUGCUGUUUCUCCUCUCUUUCGCCGUUGGCCCGACCGCCGCCCUCUGGGACUACAUCAAAGGCUUCCUUUGCACGGUCCUGGCUUCCUUGAUCAUCGAGAAGCCGAACUUCACCCAGUUUGGGGAGCUGGCUGACUAUGUUUACUGCACGUACUGUGCAGCACUCCUGCUGGAGCGAAUGGACCAAGACCGACUGCAGGCCGUCGCCGAGUUCGAGAUGUCGGGGUUUUGUGACGUAUUUAGAAGCCAUAAGUUCAGCUAUAAUGGGCUAUAUAAUAGGUAUAUAGUAGCUAUAUUAAGGGUAUAUACCUAG